GAGAGCUCAGCUGCCUCGAGGGGCUCCUCCCUGGGGACAGCCCCUCCUAGCCAAUCACGCAGUGCAGGCCCCUCUAUAUAACCCAGGGGCUGCAGGCUCUACCCCCGGGUCAGCAUCCUCCACAGCAGAGACAGCCUCUCCCGAGCCACCCAGCCAGGGUCCCACAAGCCGCCACCAUGCCGUUCGGCAACACUCAUAACAAGUUCAAGCUGAACUACAAGCCCGAGGAGGAGUACCCCGACCUCAGCAAGCACAAUAACCACAUGGCCAAAGUGCUGACCCCCGACCUCUACAAGAAGCUUCGAGAUAAGGAGACCCCUUCCGGCUUCACUCUGGAUGAUGUCAUCCAGACUGGGGUGGACAACCCAGGUCACCCCUUCAUCAUGACCGUGGGCUGUGUGGCCGGUGAUGAGGAGUCCUACACCGUCUUCAAGGACCUGUUUGACCCUAUCAUCCAGGACCGCCACGGCGGCUACAAACCCACAGACAAGCAUAAGACCGACCUCAACCACGAGAACCUCAAGGGCGGAGACGACCUGGACCCCAACUAUGUGCUGAGCAGCCGCGUGCGCACUGGCCGCAGCAUCAAGGGCUACACGCUGCCCCCGCACUGCUCCCGCGGAGAGCGCCGCGCUGUGGAGAAGCUGUCUGUGGAAGCUCUCAACAGCCUGACGGGUGAAUUCAAGGGCAAGUACUACCCUUUGAAGAGCAUGACGGAGCAGGAUCAGCAGCAGCUCAUUGACGACCACUUCCUGUUUGACAAGCCCGUGUCCCCUCUGCUGCUGGCCUCAGGCAUGGCAAGGGACUGGCCUGACGCCAGGGGCAUCUGGCACAAUGACAACAAAAGCUUCCUCGUGUGGGUGAACGAGGAGGACCACCUCCGCGUGAUCUCCAUGGAGAAGGGGGGCAACAUGAAGGAGGUUUUCCGCCGCUUCUGCGUCGGCCUGCAGAAGAUUGAGGAGAUCUUCAAGAAGGCUGGUCACCCCUUCAUGUGGAACGAGCACCUGGGCUACGUGCUCACCUGUCCCUCCAACCUGGGCACCGGGCUGCGCGGAGGCGUGCACGUGAAGCUGGCGAACCUGAGCAAACACCCCAAGUUCGAGGAGAUUCUCACCCGCCUGCGCUUGCAAAAGCGUGGCACAGGUGGCGUGGACACAGCGGCCGUGGGCGCCGUGUUCGACAUCUCCAACGCCGAUCGGUUGGGCUCAUCCGAGGUUGAACAGGUGCAGCUGGUGGUGGAUGGCGUGAAGCUUAUGGUGGAGAUGGAGAAGAAGCUGGAAAAGGGCCAGGCCAUCGACGACAUGAUCCCCGCGCAGAAGUAGGCGCCCCACGCGCUGGGCUCACCGGCCAGCGGUGGGCAUCUGGAGCCCCGCCCCCCGGAAGUCCAAUCCGUGGGCGCUGUCCUCUGGGUUCCGGCCAAUCAAUGAGAACCCGCCUCUCCGGAGCCCCGCCCACCAUCCUGAGACAGCUGGAGCACCGGCUGCUUCCCCACCCCGUCUUAAAUAAAAGUCCGUGGUGGCCUUA